AUGCCCCGCAGGAGAGGGGAUAUGGAUAACGAAGUCGAGGAGGAGAGUUACUACGUUAGCGUUCGCGAUCUUCCUUUUGACCUACUUCGACAACGGGCAAACGCAAGCAAUCUGAGUACGGCUGAGCGACGCAAGGCGCGGGGCGAGCUGCUGUUGAAGAUGGGCGCCAAGCCUCCCAAAGGAACUGCUGUCAACUACCGCCUUCUGAUGGAGACUCGAAAACGCGAGCGCCAGAAUGCCCUUACUGACUACAAAAACGAGCGCUUCAAGAAGACCACACUGGAGAGGCAUUUGGGCAAGCACGCCAGGAACAAGCGCCGACGCCGAAAGGCCCUGCGUCACGCCAAAGGGUAA